UUGUUGUAGGUAUUGUUGUUAUUAUUGAUGCUGUCAUUGUUAGAUAGGACAAAGAGAAAUGGAGAGAGGAAGCAAAGACAGAGAGGGGGAGAGAAAGACCUGCAGAUCUGUUUCACUGCCUGUGAAGUGACUCCCCUGCAGGUGGGGAGCCUGUAAAGCUUUUUAUGUUUGUUUUUUUUUUUUAACCUGAGCACUGCUCAGCUCUGGUUGAUGGUGGUGCAGGGGAUUGAACCUGGGACUUGAAGCCUCAGGCAUGGGAGUUUGUUUGCAUAACCAUUAUGCUAUUUACCUCUGCCCCCUGUAAAGCUUUUUAAAGUGGCCUCUGCCUCUCAAUUCUGGUGUAAUUUAGAAACAUGAAGCUUUUCCAUCCUUUACAGUUCAUGUCCUGAAAAGAGACUUGACAAGUUUCCACUGCCUAGAAAGAUAAGAGAACAGGUGGAAAAGUGGAUGGAGGGGCGGCUCCUUUGGGUACCCAUUACUGCCCCCAGACAGGCAAAGGAGGGAUCUCUCUCUCUCUCUCCCCCUCUCCAUGCCUCUAAUAACUACACACAACAGGCAGAGAGGGGUAUCUCUCCUCUCUUUCUCUGCCUCUAACCACUCUCUCUCUCUCUCUCUCUCUCUCUCUGUGUGUGUGUGUGUGUGUGUGUGUGUGUGUGUGUGUGUGUGUGUGUGUGUGUGUGUUCUCUCUCCAGUUCUAGCCUAUAGCUAGUUGUCCACUACGUGAGCCAUUUGCCCUUGAGACCCAGUAGCACAGGGAGGGGCCAAAGGAAAGGGCCUUCUGAGAGCCCUGCAGAAUUGAAAGCGAAACCUGCCCUUUCAGACUUUCACUUUCACCGCCUCCGCGCGCCUUUCAGGUGCCUGCGAUCUCCAGUGGCGCUGGGGUCCCUUUGCCACGCGGCCCGGCCCUUCCUCCACCUCCCCGCCCCCCGUGGCCUGCCUGCCCGAUAGCUGGCGACCCCUGGCGGAGGGAGAAAGGCAAGAUUCCAAACGGCAGGCGACCCAUGGCCGGGGCCGGGGGUCCCCUGCGCCUCCGAGACUGGUUGGUGGAGCAGAUCGAGAGCGGGCGCUAUGCAGGCCUGCGCUGGGAGGACGCGGGCAAGACCCUCUUCCGCAUCCCCUGGAAGCACGCAGCCAGGCAGGGCUACCAGGCGCAACAGGACGCGGCGCUUUUCAGGAACUCCUGCUUACCCCCAGGCCUGGGCCAUAUACAAGGGCAAGCACCUCGAGGGCAUUGACAAGGAAGACCCCCCUACCUGGAAGACACGGCUUCGCUGUGCCCUCAACAAGAGUGCCGACUUCUGUGAGGUGCGCGAGUGCAGCCAGCUGGACAUCUCCAACCCCUACAAGGUCUACCGGAUUGUGUCCGACGGUGCCCAUGGCCCAGUUGCCAGGAUGUCUGCUCCCCCUGAAAAGGAGGGCAUUCUCCAGGGCCAGCAGGAAUCCUCCAAAAGAGUGACUACACAGACCUGCAGGACAGAACAGGAUGGCUCUGGAUUAGCCACCACAGAUAUAGACAACUCGCAGUCCCCAAGGCUGGCCCAGCAGGGCUCCCUGCCACCAGCUGCUCUGCUCGCAGACCCAUUGGCUGACCACAGGUACCAGGCACAGGCUCUCACACAAAGCUGGAGCCCUGUGCCCUCUGAGGACUUCAACAACCCCGACUGCUGGCUGCACGUGCGGUUGUUCUAUGGCGCAGAGCUGGUGAGUGAAGCCACAGCGCGCACCGCAGAGGGCUGCCACCUGAGCCCAAGGGCAGCGGAGGCCCCCGAGCACCUUCUGGGCUGGCCAGAGCAAGUUCGCUUCCCGGAUCCACCGCCAGGCGCCCAGGUGCUGCAGCGCCUGCUGGCCCACCUGGAGCGGGGUGUGCUGCUGUGGGUGGCACCUGAGGGCGUGUUUGCCAAGCGCCUAUGCCAGGGCCGCGUAUAUUGGCGUGGCCCACUUGCCCCACACCGAGCCCAACCCAACAAACUGGAGCGGGAGCGCACCUGUCAGCUGCUGGACACCCGCCGCUUCCUCACUGAACUGCAUGCCCACCUGCAGGAUGGUUACCCAGAGCCUGAGUACCAGAUCCGCCUGUGCUUCGGUGAGGAGUACCCAGGCCCCCCGGGCCAGCCUGAGGAGCGGCUUAUCAUGGUCCAUGUAGAGCCAGUCUUCGCCCGAGAGCUCCUCCUGCACUCUAAGCGCUGUGUCCAACGUGCUCCUGCAACACCAGCUGAGUCCCCAGCUGAAUCAGCCUUAAGAGUUGCUUCCUCCUCUCACACCCUCUGAAGUCAGCCCAUCCCAGUGUGAGCUCUCGCCCCAUCCCAGACCUGCCCAAACUGAGCCAGUGGACUUGGGGACCCAUUGCCCAUGUCGGACAGGACAGCAGAAGCUGGCCUUCAGUCUCUCGGAAGCAGAGACGGACCCCUCCCUGCAAGGCAACAUGUGAAAUGACACUCCACAGCUAGGUCUUGUGCAUCAGGUGGAAACUGAACUUGACCUUGAGGUUCUAGAAAUAGUUAUUAAUGUAGUAACAAGGUUUUUGUCUGUUCUUGAGUCCAACAUGCAUAUAAAUUUACUUUCUUACA